AUGUCUGCCCCCGCUGCCUCGCUCAAAAACAAGACGCGUUCGCGCUCCUCGUCCUCUUCUUCCUCGUCCUCUUCCUCCUCUGAUGAGGAAGCUCCAGUUUUCGCCCCGGUGGAGGGAAAGAAAUCCCAUUCAAUCUCCCGCCCACCGGUCGCUGUAUCGGGCAGGCAUGGAGCGGGCAAGCAGAAGGAGGCUCUGAAGCUUAGGUUGGAUCUUAACCUCGAGGUUGAGAUCGCUAUCCAGGCUAAGGUUAAUGGUGAUAUCACGCUUUCGCUUUUUGAAGGGGGUGAUGAUGGUAAUCUAUCACCGAGUGUGUUUCGCUCGAUAGCCACUACUAUCUUUGGUUUCAAUAGUUAA